GUUUUAGUUUAGUUUAUCCCCACUUUUUAAUAUUUGGAUUCCCUUCUUUUUUCUAGGGCUUCAAAAAACAGCAGCAUCAUUGGAGAAGAAAAGAUUGAAAAAAUUCGACGACCUCUCUGAUUAAAUGUAUGCUGCAAUCACCUUCCGAUAGUUCUCAUGUGCAAUUUUCGUUGUCUCUGCUGUUACCAAUGGCCUUGUUCCUUUGAGGCAAAACCAAAAGGAAGUUGUCAAAAAUCUUUUCCUUUGCCUUCUUGGCAUUGAACUGGUGUUCAGGCAUUCAUCCACUAGGCCGAGAUGAACAUAAAGGCCGGAAAGGUGUUGGAUAACUGUCGAGCAGUUGUUAAUCUUAAGAGAAAGCAAUCAGACCCACGCUCCAUAACUUCUGAUGGGCCCAUUCGUCUGCUGUUGCCUCAGAGGUCUUCUCCGAUUGCCGACUGCAACAUCGCUAAACGGAGGAAAUUGGAGACAUCAGAAAGCAAUUAUUGCAAUUUUUCUUUUCUGCCUGGGAAAUGUGUGCUUAAAUACUAUUCCAACUUCAAGAGAAGUGGGAGGUUGUACCGUUUGAUGUAUUGCUGCAAUGAUGAGUGGAAUGAUUUUUCCCAGGAUAUUGUAACAGCUGUCAACAAAGAAUUUGUUGUUAAGAAAUCUGUUGUGGAAGUCGAGGUUGACGGAAAUAUGAUUUUGCUAGACUUCUUGCAGAUGAUUAAGUUGGACAUGAAAACUGGUCUUCAUCAGCCUAUUGCUUGGAUUGAUGUUUCGGGAAAGUGUUUCUUCCCAGAAGUACUUUGUCUUCACGAUGACAAUCUUGGUGCCGCAGGUCGUAGCCACCAGGGUGCUGAGACUCAGGAUCUCAAUGGAAUCAACUUGAAUUUAGAGAUUGAGAUACAAGGAUUCAAUGAUGAAUCUAGUGCGGAGUCUGCUCCGAUUGUUGUUAACGUACAAGCUCGUGGCAAUACUGCAAAGGAAGGUAGUGGUGACGAAACCAAUAUUUAUGGGAAAACAUCAGACGUUGAAAUUGAUGAGAAUUGUAAGGAUUAUCAACAAGUGGAAGGAAAAAUGAUCCUGGCUGCUAAUACAGGAGAUAGGCCCUUGAAUUCUUAUGCUGUGAGGGAGCUGUUUUUGAAAGCGGUUGGCUCAUUAGAUGCAAACAUUGUUGAUAUACGUCCUUGCAUGAGCAUAAUAAUGGAUGGUCGUUUGGAACUCUUUCAGAAGCAGGUUAAUAUCACUAAAAGGUACCGUGGGGAUGCCAAUGUCCAAUAUGCAUGGCUUCCUUGUUCGAGUCGGACAGUUUCAGCUGUACUGAAAUAUGGGGUGGCCUAUCAUGAUCAAUUUAAAGUCAAUCCUCCUCAUGGUAAUGGGCUACAUCUAAUCCCUACAAAUGGCACUCAGAUCAGUAUCAGUUUUUUUGAUGUUGACGAAAAUGAUACACGACAUAUGGUACUUUGUCGUGUUAUAUUGGGGAAUAUGGAGACUGUUUCCUGUGGUUCAGAUCAGUUCCUGCCAAGUAGUGAAGACUAUGAUAGCGGUGUUGACAGACUUGAAAAUACAAAUCUUUAUGUAGUAUGGAACAUGAAUAUGAACACUCACAUAUACCCGGAAUGUGUUGUAAGUUUCAAGGUGACUUCAAAUAUUGAAGAUAUUGCUAUCUUUCACACUCUUAAUUCUAGUAGUAAAGAGCCCGUUUGCGGGAAAGCGAACGAGAUUGGUAUUCCUGAGUACGACAAUCGUGAACGAUCUCAAAUUCAGGUGCUAGGUGAAACUGUUCAAGCAAGGGCUCCUAAGAGCCCGUGGAUGCCAUUUCCUAUGCUGUUUGCUGCCAUUGCCAACAAAGUCACUUCUGAAACGAUGAAUCUCGUGAAAACUAACUAUGCACUAUUCAGGAAUAAGAAGAUGAGUCGUGAGGCAUUCGUGAAAAAGCUGAGACUGAUUGUUGGGGACAAUUUGCUCAAGUCAGUCAUUACCAGUCUUCAGUCCAAGGCACCCCCUGGGUCACCUAGCUCUAACGUUGAAGAAGCAACGUGCAAUUGAAGCCAACCAACCAGCCUUUAGAUCGUNCUCAUAAGAGAACAUUUAAACCUUCCGGUUGUUUUUAAUCGUUGGAUCAAAACACACGUGUGAGUGUGAGUAUGUAUGUGUGUGUGUGUGUUUGUAUAGAAUGAGAUGGUUGGAUGAUGUAGCCUAUUGUUUUGAACGCAUUGACUGAGUUUGUUGACCACAUCUCAAACAUGUCAUUAUUAUUUUUUAUUAAUGUUU